AUGGGGGGGUUGAACAAGCCGUCGUUGAGAGGAUUGGAGUGGGCGCGUGCGCGGAACUCGCGCUUGCUCGUCAUCCACCUAACGCGUCCUUCGAGACCACUUUCUUCUCUCGUCUUUGCUGAGGUCUGCGCAUCCUGCCUGUGGCUUUGCUGUAGGCUUGGGAGAACCUCGCCUUCGGCCGCCAUACUGAAGUUACGAAUUGGAUGCUUGGUAGGAAAAAAGAGCUCUAUCGAUAGACGGCUGCACCCGUUUCAAAAGAACUCGUUGAGUACUACGAGAAGAUGUUCUGUCAAAGGCAUUGUUGACGGACCUCAUGAGUUCGUCAUUCGUGGUAAGGUGACACGCCUGACAUUUGGUGGUCGUAUUUUGUGUCUAAAGUCGCAAUCACUUCUGUUUCCCAGAGCUGGGAGCAUUAAAAAUAUUAUAAAUUCGCAUUUAUCCUUACAGUGGGUAUGUCGUUUUAGCCACUAUGGUUUAUGCCGCAGUUUAACGUUACUGUUGACAGCCUCUCCCCCCCCCCCGCCCCAAUUUCAUCCUGACGUCUCUCGGCACUACCACCUCACCGCCUUUGCCAUCUUCUCCACAGCACCGCCAAUCCUCAGCUUUUACAGCGAAAACUCUGGGCGUCAAAGCGAUCUACGUUUGUAA